AUGCAAAAGAAUCUCGUCGAUCUUUUCGCGGAGCUCGUCGACAAUCGAAAUCUCGCUGAAAUGUUCCAGAAUCCCGGUCAACUACGCACAUUCUUCGUUGAUCACUUCAUUCCAGCUGUUGAUUCGACAGGGACGCCGAUUCCCGACGAUGAGCUUCCGAGACAGAACUCGUCUCCGAAUGUGCCAUUAAACGGUAAUCUCCCAUUUGUUACAGUGAACAACGAUUUUCCCAACUCGUUUUUCCAACUAUUAAAUCAGCAGCAGCCGUCUCCGCUUCAGAAUUCGCCGUCAUUUAAUGCUCUACCCCAAUAUUUUCCCCAUCCGGCUCAAUUUCCCGCCAACUUUUAUAGUCAUUUCGCAUUUCCAAUGUAUUAUAAAAUGUAG